AUGAUGAUGAUGAUGAUGAUAAAAAACUAAAAAAAAUACAAAAAUAAAUAUUUAAGAAAGAAAAAAUCAAACAACAUUAAAAAAUCGAGCUUCUCUAUCCUUGUCAAAAAUACCUAUUUAAAAUCCACAUCUAAAAAAAAAAACUAAAAUAACUCCAAAAACUUAAUAUAAAUAUAAUUAAAAUAAAUAAAUACAUAACAUAAAUAAAUAAAAAAUCAUUCUAUUUACAUUAAAAAUAUAUUAAACAAACACAACCAAUUACUCAUAAAAUAAAAACAAAUAUAUUCUAAAUAUAAAUCAAACUUCAAAAAUCUCUAAAAUAUUAAUAAAAUAUAAUUUUUCUUAAAGCAUAUAUGCUAAUUUUACAUAUGA